AUGUCUGACCCGGAGCUUUCGGUGCCGGCUUCGUCCUCGCCAUCUCUACCGGCCACCGAAUGCAAUGCUCUGAAUUACGCCUUCCUCGUUCACUCUCAGAAAACCCUCACUCAAAAUCUUCCACCACGCGUCGAUAAUAAGCUGCUAGCUCGCCAAAAACGUCGCCGAACGAGCCCCGAGGACCACGCCAUUCUAGAGACCGAAUAUCAAAAGGAUCCCAAACCGGAUAAGGUUGCCCGCGCGAAUAUUGUGAAUCGCGUCUCGCUCGGCGAGAAAGAGGUCCAAAUCUGGUUCCAGAAUCGCCGCCAAAACGACCGACGAAAAUCACGACCUCUCCAGCCCCACGAACUGCUCGCUCCUCGUUCGAGUAUGUCUGAUUCGGUGGGACAUCCUUCUAGUGAUGAUAACGCGUCGGCGGAACCUGGGUCGUCGAGUGGGGCAGAACAGGCCGACACCCAAGACCGACUGGAAAGAACCAGGCCAAAAUCAUGGGGUGGUGACUUGUUGCAGUUAUCGGAUGAUCUGGAGCCUGUGACAAGUGAGAGAGAGGAACCUGAGCUGCCGUCGCAGAGCACACAAAUAAGUGUGGCAACGGUCGAUUCUUUGGAGGAUACCCCGCCGACCACACAGGAGGAAUUUCACGGGGCGGACUUGCGAUACAUUCUGAAUGAAACACCCUUGGAUGAGUCGCAGGCGCCCAAACGGAAGCGAUCAAUUGCCGAUAUUCAGGAGGUACCGCAAGAGCCACGCACAGAUCAUGUCAUGUCAACACCGACCAAGUCCCCGCCCUCACUACGACUGUCGAUGUCCUUUGAUGGGGAGGCAAUGGUGAGAAAGGAAGACGAGAUGACCCCAUCCCCGCCUAAGGGCCGGAAUGCCUUGCGGAUCGCAAUGUCAUCCGAUGGCAAGGCCGUCAUCCGUGCAGAAAACGAACCGUCGCCGUCAAAGAACAGAGUGGCCAUGUUCUCGGUACGCCGCACCAAAUUGUCAGGCUUGCGUCGCAGUAACAGUGCUAUCUUCCCAUCCACGCCGCGGGCAGGCAUGGCCGAGAAGGAUCGCGUCUUUGGCCGGUCGCGCGAUCCCCGUAACUGGGAAUCAUUCUUCGAUACGGACGCACGGAGCGCCCUAUCCACACCUGCCAGCUCCCAGACCGCUCCCAACCUCAACUCAUCUCCUAGCCUCUUCCAAUCUCGUGGCCCGCGUUCUCUUACCCGCAGCGCAUCAACAAGGCAUAGUCUCCUCUCUGCUCAUCCCGACCUUUCCCGUACCCCGAUCUCACAGGCAAUGGGAGAGAAGCGACGGAAGCUCUCUCGCACUGUCUCCUCCAUGGGCAGGUUAGAGACCGACCGCAGUCGCGUCAAUUCUCAAUCCAAACUCUCCAGGUCGACACCUUCAAAGCCCGGGAAACUGGACCUUGAGUUAGACCUCGGUGACUCGGACAAGGAAAAUUGGAUCCCAGGAACUCGAACACCUCAAGUUCGUCGUCGGACAACCUCUCAAACUACCCGCCCUGCUCUGCGCGACGCCAACCGUAACCGCGGAUUAGGGCUGACCACCGGCAAACGCAACCGACCAUUUGCAGCUGGCGUACAGGGCAAAGCCCCGCCAGAACUGAGCUCCGAAGUAUCCGCAUUCAUGUCCGGAGGUACAGGCGACAGCCAAGAAGACGAUCUGGACUGUGUCCAAGGCCUUCUUUCCCUGAGUCAAGGGGCGUGGCGAUAG